UCCAGUGGAAGUAGUAUUUUGAUCUGUCAUCUCGCGGGAUCUUCCGUGUCUCAUAACGGAAGUAUCGCCACGUGACGCCACUACAACUGAUUAGGUAGUUUAGUGGAGGAACUUGUGGUCUGUUUUUGUUUUGUUUCAGCAGUCUUUCCAACGAAGGCAACCGCGGAAGGUUCAAUACUGUCGCAUGUUAAAUGGUGAUGUUGUGCGCUCUCUGUUGCCAUGAGCGCACUGUUUGCCUGUGAGGACCCAGCCACAUGGAGGAGUGUGUAUGAGAAAUAUUGGGAUGUAGUAGAGGCAAAGUCCAAAAGUAAGAAACCUGGAAAGCUGCUGAACCUCGACAAGUGGUACCAAGAGGAGCUGCCUACACUCAUUUCAAGUCGACCUGACAUUCAUGUCACUCAAUCCGAGCUGGUGAAACUAAUGGAGUGGAAGCUCACUAGAGGGAAGUUCAGGCCAAGGCUGCAGCAGCUGGUGGCUUCCAACAGUGAGGACACCGUUGAGAAAUGUUCCAGAAAGGCCUUCAGCCUCCUGCCUGAUGUGCAGGCAGCGAUCGCAGAGCUUAGCUCCCUGAAAGGAGUAGGCCCAGCCACCGCUUCAGCUUUGUUGGCAGCAGGAGCUCCAGAACAAGCUGCAUUCAUGUCCGAUGAAGCCAUGGAGAGUGUACCUGGACUAACACCCAUCCAAUACACAGCCAAGCACUACACCCUCUACUUGGGAAAAAUGAUCCAGUGCACUGAAAAACUAAACAAAGCGGAUGCCCAGCAGGACUGGACGCCCCACAGGCUGGAGUUGUGUUUGUGGGCGUCGGCCACAGCCAAACAGCAGCAGCUCCCACUUCUAAAGGAAGUGAAGGAGAAGCUCUCAGAGGCCGACACUGAACAGAGACCAACAAAGAAGCUGAGAACAAGAUAAAAACAAAUAUUGCACAGUAUUGUUUGUUUUUUUUACAUUAAACUUGGUUUAUUGUCUUUUUAAAAAAAAAAAUUAUAAUAAAGCCUUUAUAUUAAAUGGA